UAAAAAUGGUAGAGAUACAUGUACAUACCCAGUUAUAACAUAGGUUCACAGUGAAGCAAUGUGACAAAAUCUUAGUUACCUCACCAAGCAUACAGGAUGGGGAGUGAAUGGUUUGAGAGAGACUCAGACUAUGUUCUACUGGAAGGCCAGUCCACAGAUGAACUUCAGGCACCACUUAACAGAUCAUCCAGGCUGAAGUAUAAUUGUGUCUCUGUAUCUAACAAACUAGUUGCAUUUGGUUCCAACACUGGAGGUAUUUACAUCUUCUCUAGGGUAGACCAAAAACUGCUACAGAUUGCAUUUGCUGAAAAGGAAACCAACAGCGUUUCUCUUGUGAGGAUUAGUCCACAUGAAAAAUAUGUUGCUUUUGUCAGUUCAAGCAAUAUAUAUGUCUUAGACCUGAAACUGGAGUCAAGGUCAAAAGCCGAGACAUUACGAUCAAGCUCUGACCUUGCUGGUUGCCUAGUUACCAGUCUGCUAUGGGAUCAAACAAGUGCAAAGUUGUUCAUAGGGGAUGACCUUGGGAAGGUUUCAAUGAUGCCAGUAUACUCAAACAAGGCAAAGAAUCUGUUUAGUUUACCUCUAGAGAUUAUAAUGAAGCUUGACUCAGCUAUAGUUCAGUUAGAUAAAGCAGAAGAUAAAGUACUUGUGUCUACAAUGACUAGAUGUUACCUUUGUGAUACUGUCAAACAACAUUACUCACAGAUUGGAAAGAAACUGAGAGAUGGUAAUUUUGGUGCUUGUUUUCUACAACAAGGGACAUCAGCUCCCAUGAUUUACAGUGCAAGGCCAGGAUCCAGAAUAUGGGAGGUUGACUUUGAGGGUAAUGUGUUGAACACACAUCAGUUUAAACAGUUGUUAGCACUUCCUCCUAGUCAUAUCAUCAAUAUAAACCAGAAGUAUAUAUUUGACACAGAGACCAACACGACCAAGGCACAGUCUGUAGCAUUCCCAAAACUUAUCAUUCUUAAAAAGAAUUUUCUGUUAACUUGGACCAACACAAGUGUCUAUGUCCUUGACCCAAUUAAUGUCAAGGUAAUGCUAUGGACCAAUCAAUUUUCAGGAAUACAAGACAUCUGUUGCCUUGAUGAAGAACUUUACAUUUUCUUUGAAUCGAUGAAACUACAGUGCCUAUCAUUUCAGUCAGUGACAUCGAUCAUACCAGGUUAUAUACAGACAAAUGACAUACAGUCUGCUGCCUAUUUGUGCAUUCAACACAGAAAUGUUUUUCUCUUCAAACAUGUCAGAAAAAAAUUUGGUGUAGACAAUUUACACAAGAUAUAUAACAAGCUUGUGGAAGAAAAGAUGGAAGAUUUAGCUGAUCAAGUUCAUGAGGUGAUUAUAAAUGUGGAGAACAAAAUGGCCGAUGAUUCGGAAAUGGAUGAAUUAAGUUCUGGUAGAAGUCGGUCUGGUAGUGCAAUAAGUGGAUCCAGUGUUGGUAGUGUGCUAAGUUCUGCACCGAAUAGUGCAAUAAAUGGAACAACUGGUGAUAUAACUGAAACAAAUGAAAUUGAGAAAGACGUUAAAAGUACAACUAAAAUUGCUCAAAGGAAUAAUCAUAUGCAGGAAAAUUUAAGUAUUCCUGAUGAUUUAAAUGGUGUGAAAGAAUAUGUUGCAGAGACUGAUCAUAAAAGCUUGAAUGAAAAACAAGAUAAUUUUGAAAAUGAGAUUAAGAGUGAAGUUGAUUUUAUGACUGAAAGAACCAAAGAAAAUAAACAUGUUGAAACUGAUAAAGGUUCAUUAGUUUACAGAAACAACUUUGAUAAUCAUGUGGAGGAUAAUGAUAGUGAGAUUGUUCAUACAGUUUUAGAAGAAAGUGAAAGUGGUUGUGUGGAAAAGGUUGAUAAACAGGAUGAAGAUACUGAAUUGGUUGAACAUGAAGCUAGAUUUAUAAGUGACAAUAUUGAUGAUGUUGGAGGUAUGGAACAAACAUUAGAUGCUCCGGUAAGAUGUGCCCAAUCAAGAUUAACUGAAAAUACUAUACAAGAACAUAUCAAAGAACCUGUCAUACAUACAGAUCAUGUAUGUGAUACUUUUGACACCCAAAACCAACAUAAACAAUUUGUUAAUGUAUCAGAAAGCCAUGUUGCUAUGGUAACAGAAGAUGUAACUGAUGAUUUGCAGAAUGAAGAUGAUAUUGGUUACCUACGUGUUAUGAGCCAGGGACCAAGAAGAUUGUCUUUAACCAGUUUAUCAAGUGUUGACAGUGCUGAUAUCCAUUUAGAUCAACCCUUUCCUAAUGAUUUUGAUGGAGUCUCUGAUACAAUAGCCAUACCUGUGAAGAGAAAAUCCGGCAAGAAGAAAGUUCGCAGCAGCAGACGACAUUCUGCAUUUGAAACAGCAGACUCUAAAUCAGAAGUGAGGAUAACAAGAUCAAUGAGUCUCGGAACUCCAGAAAAUAAAGACAGGGCCGUAUCACCACAUGGAUCUGUUCAUAGUUUAAAGGAAGAAGAUUCCAUAUCUUUAUAUUCUAAUGAUUCUGUAUUAAUGGAGGAAACUACUAGCUCUGGAAAGGACACACCAGAUGGUUUGAAUAUAAAUAAGAACUCAGAAUCUGUGAGUGUUGGUUCACCUUCAUCCAUUAGUGGAGAAUUUGGUUUGAGUGGAGAGUUCACUGUAAGUGUUGAUAACCUCCAAACUGAUGAGUAUUCAUCAAGGGACAGCACUCUAUCUCGCUCCUGGGAGAAAGGCAAAUCUUCAUCUGCUCCAAGAAAAACUUUACAACAAUUGAGAAACAAAAUGCAGACAAAGGUUACAUCAAGUACCAAGAAUUUGAUUAGAAACAUCAAGGAGAAAAACCUCCUCUCCAAGGCUAAAGAGUUCGCUGAAAAUUUGUCUCAGGGUUCAGAAGCUUACCUACAUUCCGGAGAUGUCCUGUAUAAUGACAAUCCAGAUAUCUUAAUGACAAAUCCAGAGUUUGGACAAAAUUUUAGAGAUACAGAGGAUCAAAUUACUACAAACUCAGAAGAUAUUAGUAAUGUUGACAGUAAGGAAAAAGCCAUUGUAGAUUGUGAAGAACUUGAACAAAUUACAUUAAAAACCAAAGAAACUUUACAGGAUUUAGAAAUUCUUACAAAUUCAGAAGCAGUCUAUGCAGUUUUGUUAGACUGGGUCACAGUUUUGAAUAAAACUUUUCAAGAGUUUCAUCUGAUUAAAUAUAAAGAUUUAGAAGGUGAAGCAGUGUUGGAGACUGGUUCUAAAGUUAAUGACUGUCAUACAGUUGUGACUGAUAAAAAUGGGGAACCAAACCAAAUUGAUCUCCCAGGUGAAGCAGCUGAUGUAAGACUGUUGAGAUCAGACUGUGAGUCAGGUGUUGUCAUAGAUACAGAAAACAAUGAGUCAAAGGAUCCAAAUGAUGUUAGAAUAUCUGAUUCAGUAAUUAAAAUACUCAGUGAUAAGGAUUUCUGUUACCUCACUGAUCCAUUGUGUCUUUCCAGUUAUCUCCUCCAGGAUGUUUCAGAAUUAACCCAAGCUUGUUUUGAUGUUGGUUGUCAUGGUGAAAUUUUGAAGUUUAUAGAAUUUAAAUUUCAUUGCCCAAAAAGCUUUGAGAACAAUCUUAGAGUACCUGAUACAGGACUAAUUGUUUCUGAUUUGAAUGGAAUAGAUAAUGUUGUGAAUGUGGAUAUGACGAAUAAUGUGAAGCAUAAUAGCACUGAAGAUAAAGAGGUUGACAAUGAAACAAUAGAGGUAAACAAGGAGGCAACUAUAGAAAGUGAAGAUAUUCAGUGUUGUGAAACUAACUUAAGUAAAACUGACCAUGGGGACAAAGCUUAUGUUGGUGAAAAAAGUCAUGAAUAUCUUACAGAUAAUUCUGCAGCACUUAAUGAACAAAAGAAAGUCAGUACAACAGAAUGUGGUGAAAUGCAGGAUAAAGCAAUUUCAUUUUUUGUCCGAUGUUAUUUUCCCUACCUAAAUGUUGGUAGAAUAAGGGAGGAAACCGUGAAUGGAAAAUCUUGUUUUGAGUUAUGGAGUGCCUUAUUGACUUGUAUGGAAGGUAAAGCAAGGUAUGAUGGUGAGAGGUAUGGUGUAGAUGAGAAAUCUAUUAUACGACAUCUGUUGAAGAAUGAGUCAGGUAUUGGUCAAGGUGCCAUGUUGCUAGGACACAUAUCAAAUUUGUUUCGCAGCAAACCAGAUUCUGUUGUGGAUAUUUGUGUGAGAUGUCAUCCCAGUGUACAUCCCCUAGAUGUAAUGUACAUGUGUAGAUACCAUCAGGUUACCAUGGAAACAGUAUUCAAACAAUAUAUGGUCCUAGUGACCCUGAAUGAAAACUCCUCUUUGAGAAAGCAAGUAUUAAUGGACAUUGGUAAUCAUAAAGACACAUGUGUUGUAUUAUUAGAAAUGUUGUUAUCUGAAGAUAAUGAUACUUCUGCUGUGAUGGAUGAAAAUGGAUGUCCUAGGUGUAUGGGUCACAAGGUGAAAAGAAAGAAUGAAAUUCUUAUUGACCAGUUAAUCAAGAAUAUACAAGCUGCCAGAGAUCAACAAAUUGUGCUGGAAAUUCUGAGAAAACAUGGAUAUUGGGUUGGCGUCUUGAAGCUACUGAAAAAGAUUGGUCGUGGAUCAGAUCAUUUAGAUCUGGUAUUACAGCUUGGAGAUAUUGACCUGUUGACAGGACACAAUGAACUUGGUUAUGUGCCACUCUCAGUACCUGACUGGCAGAGAGUACUUGGUGCUUACCAGCAGAUAAAUCAAGCAGGGAACCAGACGGCACAGGAAGUUAGCUGUGAUUGGUCAAAACUGAUCACAUGGAACAAUCUGGCAAUUCUAUUGGUCAGAAAUGUAGGUCCAGAGGAGGCUAUUUCCCUGCUUGAAAAGCAAAACCUACCAGAGGGAGUUUUGUCAAAAGAGUUUUACCAAGUCUGUUUACUCUCUGGAAUGGUGCAAAAACAACAAAGGUCAGUGUUACAUUCCAUGUUGGAGAAGGUAGACAGCUAUCUAUGGUCAUAUAGACCUAUAGUUAUAACACCACAGGUGCAGUACCUGGCUGUUUCAGAGAAGAAAAUGCACCCUGGAGAAUCAACUGGUUCAAAUACAGACUUUCUUCAUUCUAUGGCCAACAGUAUUAAGGAGAAAGAGGUGUCGGAAACAUCUGUGGAAGAUCCAGAAUGUCACUGGGGCAUUGAAAAUAAGAUUAAUUUGUUAUGUCCAUGUUGUUAUAUCUCCUUGAAAGAGACUGUGUCACAUGAGGAACCUGGGGUUCUCAUAUUUAAAUGUGGACAUGGAUUCCACAAGUUAUGUUUACCAAAGAAGGAAUGUAUGGUAUGUGAUGGUGUAACAAAAACAAAGACAGUUGAAAAAGCUUUCUAUAUUUAAGCUGGGACAAAAUAUAACCAGACACAUAAUUACAGACUAUAUAAGCAGUUUUAUGUUGGUGACCAAGAAAUUGGACAGUCAAUCAUUUGAUUAGCAUUAGUAAUAAUAAUACCAUUAUUACGAAAACAAUUCAUUGAUAAAUUUUCACAUUAUGUUGAGACCAAUAUAUAAAAAGGAGUGUUAAGUUUAAACAUCAUUUUGGCUUAUACACAUAUUUCUCUUACUUUAAGUAUUUACUUAAGAUAAAAAACAAAUUAAUUGACAAUGAUCAACGUGACAAAACGGCAGUCUCUGUUCCUGAUUAGACAAGAAAAUUACAUUGAGCUUAUCUCCAAAUGCUUGUCUUGUAAUAAUGUUUCCCUGAUUUAAGUCAGAUUUAAGCAAAUUAUUUGUUAUUUUUAUUAUUAUGAUUGUUUAAAUAUUGUGGAAUAUUUUGUAAAGAUAGAUUUUACUGGCAUUUAAAGGUUAGUGGAUAUUACAAGCAGUUGUCCUGUUGUCAUUUUGACUUUGCUCCACUAGUUUAAAAUUAUAUAGCAGAAUGAAAAAGCCAACAAUUUAAUAAGCUGGUAAAUGUAUUUCUCAGAGUAAUUAACAUGUGUAAUUUUAUCUUUUGUAAAAGACUUGAACCACAUAAAGACAAGAUCUGGAUUAGACAAGAAAAUUAUCCUCCCCCCCCCCCCCCCCAGUAAUCUUGGUUUGUACUGGUUGCAAAGGUAGAUUGUGCAGCCACCAGCAAUGUAUUCAGGUUUAACUGUAAUGUUGUGUAUAUUUAUUUGCUCAUUAGAAAAUGGCAUUUCAGGGACUUGUUGCAGCAUAUACAUAACUUGAUUCAUGUAAGCAAGGGUGAUAACUGACCAAUUACCCACAGUCAAACUAAAUUCUAGACUAACAUAUAAUUACCUCUUGAAUUUGUGUAGUGGAUUUGCCUUGUUUUGACUUUAUAACAUUACAUUCAAAUUUAUAUGGAUACAAAAGAUUAUCUACCAACAGUAUAAGGCCAAGUCACACUGGCCUGAUGUACAGGCUGACCUGGCUCCAUACUGGUGGCACAAGCUAAUCACUUAUAGGUUCAAGCAUGGUAAGGGUUAUUAAAGCAGGGCAUGUUGAUUAUACAAAUGUUUCUUUCAUGGUAAAGUUUUGAUUUUCAAUGUGGAUUCUAUCAACUUCUAGCCUUUGGUUAGGUUUUAGGUUGAUGGGUCAAAAGUCAGACUCUCUGAGACUGAAAAAAAUACAUGUAUUUUUCUUCUCCAUUUUUCUCAUUUUUGGCAAUAUUUUUUUUAGCUGUGUCAUUGUGGGGUCAGGGAUAUAUAUAGGUAUUCUGAUUCUCUUGUUUAUAACUGAUUUAGAUGAAUAUUUAUGUAUAUAUGGUCAGUGUCUAUACAGACAAAUACUAACAUGGUGCUUCAUGAUAAAGCUUUUGUUGAUUUUCUUGUUGAUAUUGUUGGUAAAUUUUAUAAAUCUACAAAGCAGUUUUGUUUAUGACUGCAACUACUAGUAUUUUUCUUUUUAAAGAAUUCUUGUUUGAUUGCAUAUGAGAACUUAAUUUAUUGACCUUGAUAAAAUCAUUUUCUUUAAUUAAAAGUUACAUUGGAUUUGAAUUAGACUGUGUUGAUUCAUGAACUGUAUCUAAAGUUUAUUGUUAUGUUCAUUUUCUAUUACUAUUUCUAUAAUGUUUAUCCAAGUUUUUUUAUUGUUGAAUUGUUAAGUUUGUUGAAAUGAUAAAACUUAUCUGAUUUGGUGCUUGUAAUAACUCAAUUUCUUCCAAUCUUGUAACUAUAUGAAUGAAAAGAAGUGAUUACAUCAAGUAUAUCACACAGGUUGUCAUAUUUUAUUAUAUUGCAUGUUUGUAACAUCAAUUUUCAUUGGAUAAUCCCGAUGUUUAUAUAAUCUAUAUACUGGGCUCUUCUGUAAAUUUAUUCUGUAAUAUGAAUAGGUUAUAAAGGUUUUUUUAUAACAGGUUAUAUGAUCAUGUAUAAAUGAUAGUGUUUUAUAACCUCACAUUGCAGCUAGGAUGAUAAAAGGUAACAACUAUUUAUACAGGGUCAUUUAACAUGUAAAUAAGCCAUAAAAUUAAUAAAUUUUAUUAACUUGAAAAAACAAAUUGUUCAGUUGCUUAUCUCAGACAAUUAUUUUUGUUCAUCAUUCUGUUAGACAAGUUCAGUGAAUUUUUGUAUUGUACAAUAAUUGGUAUGAGUUCCUUUUAAUCGAGAGAUAAGUUAACAAAAUAAUCAAGCUUUCGACAUUUUGUUCAUCUUUUUAUCCUAUGAAUUAUAAUGAUGGGCCUUGAAAUUUGUCAAAAGAAAUUUAAUUGUUGUAUGAUACAAAUAGAAAAAAAGUUAAAAGAAAACAUUGUUAGUGAAAAAACUGUCCAGCAUUAAGGGAACAUACAGAUAGUGUUUAUGAACUGAAAUAAGAGAGUUAAGUUAUUGUUACUGUUGUCUUUCCCCACACUGCCAGGUCAAGCCUUAUAAUAAUAGUAAUAAUAAUAAUAGUAACCAGUAAUCACAGGUACUUGAAACAAGCUAUUUUUAUCAAUUACAUUUUCUCAAUCUGAGAUAGUUUUAAGCACAUAUUAAAAUACCAAUAUUAAUUAAUUUAUAUUUUCUAAAUGAAAUUUUGUAGCUGAAGAACUUACCUUACUGUUUGAUGUUUUAAGAAUUAUGUUCCUUUUUGAUUUGAUGUGUCAAGAACACAGAACUAAAGUCUUUACAACAGUGUAAAAAAAUUCUAUUACAUGUAUAUUGAAGUGUGUUUUGGCAUCAUGCAUUUAAAUAUUGCAUAAUUAUCAUGUCACUGUUUAAGUAGGUUUUAUGUUUUUUCUGAAUUGUGUUCAGUAAUAUUAUACAAUACUCUAGCAUUCAUCCCGGUGUAAUCAGUUAAUAUAAAUAUUACAUGUAU